CUCAUAUUUUGUUUCGUGUCGUUGAAGAUUGAAGGUUAAUAACGCAAGCAAUUCUGUUUUUUUGUGAUUUUAGUGUCAAAAUGAGUCGAUGUAUUGUAAAAGAAUGUGUAUACAACAAAACUAAAGUAUGCCGACGUGAUAAAAGAAAUUUUAAUAUUCAUUUGUUUACUUUUCCAAUGGACAAUGAAAGACGGGAAUCAUGGAGACUCGCUUUAAACCUAAACAGUGAAGACAUAUUUAAAUAUUCACGUGUGUGUCACCUACAUUUUAACAAUGAUGCCUUUGAUUACGAAAAAUCCCCGUUUUCUCUAUCUCUGAAAAAGAAUGCCAUACCAUCUGAGCGAGUUGCUUUGGCGGAUCUUCAAUGUUCUGUACCUGAUAUAAGACCAUCCAUCAGUACUUGUUAUUAUGAAGAACCAAAUAGAGAACUACCAUCAACUGUACAAAAGAAACCUCCGAAUUCACCUACCAUAAAAACUGAUUCAGUCAUGGACAAGGAAGUUAAACUUGAAAUUAAAGAAGAUAUUGGAGAAUAUAAACUCAGAUAUUUGAAGAAUCAGUUAUCCACCUCAAUAGAUUUUGAAAACUGUAAAAACGAACCUGAGGAAGCAAAUUACUCAGUUAUGGAAGAUAAAGUUAAAUGCAAAGAAGAAUUUGAGGAACAUGAACCCAGAUGUAUGGAGAGUCAGCUAGCCACUCCAAUAAAUCUUAAAGACUUUAAAGAUGAACCCGAAGAAGCUAAUUACUCAGUUAUGGCAGAUGAAGUUAAAGAAGAAUUUGAGGAACAUGAACACAGAUGUAUGGAGAAUCAACUAUCCACCUCAAGAGAUCCUGAAGACUGUAAAAACAAAGCAGAAGAAAUCAAUUACUCAGUUAUGGAAGGUAAAGUUAACAUUAAAGAAGAAUUUGAGAAAAAUGAACAGAGAUGUAUGGAGAAUCAGCUGCCCACUUCAAUCAAUCUUAAAAACUUUAAAAAUGAGCCGGAAGAAGCAAAUUACUCAGUUACGGAAGGUAAAUUUGAAGUUAAAGACGAAUUUGAGGAAACUGAACACAAAUAUAUGGAGAAUCCGUUAUCCACCUCAAUAGAUAUUGAAGACUGUAAAAACGAACUGGAAGAAAGAAAUUACUCAGGAUUUUCCCAAGUAGAAAAUGCAUGGGAAAUUAAGAAAAUAUUAUCUGGAGAAGAUUUGUUUAGUAAAGAACAACUGAAAAGUCGACCUGCUGUAGGAAAAACAAUGAAGUGUGAAAUGUGUGUUAAGCGGUUUUCACAAAUAAGUAAUUUGCAAAUGGAUUUGACAACGCACUCUGUAGAAAAACUUCACAAAUGUGAAAUUUGUUGUAGGCAAUUUUCUAAGGAAACUCUAUACAACAGAAAUUUACUAACGCGCAAUGAUCAAAAACGAAACAAGUGCGAAAUUUGUUUUAAACAGUUUUCUAAAUUAAAAUCUUUAAAGUUACAUUUGAGAACGCACGCAGGUGAAAAACCUCACAAGUGCGAAAUUUGUUCUAAACAGUUUUUACAACUAAGUAGUUUGAAAUCACAUUUUAUAACGCACACAAGAGAAAAACCUCACAAGUGUAAGAUUUGUUUUAAACAGUUUUCUCAAAAAUUUAAUUUAAAGACACAUUUGAGAACGCACACAGGAGAGAAACCUCACAAGUGCGAAAUUUGUUUUAAACAGUUUUCGCAUAAAAGUACUUUUAAAAGUCAUUGGAGAACGCACUCGGGAGAAAAACCUCACAAGUGCAAUAUUUGUUUUAAACAGUUUUUACAACUAAGUACUUUGAAAUCACAUUUGAUAACACACACAGGAGAAAAACCUCACAAGUGUGAAAUUUGUUCUAAACAGUUUUCCAAAAAAAAUAAUUUAAAGACACAUUUGAAAACGCACACUGGAGAGAAACCUCACAAGUGUGAAAUUUGUUUUAAGCAGUUUUCACAAAUAAUUCAUUUAAAAACACAUUUGAGGACGCACACAGGAGAAAAACCUCAUAAGUGUGAAAUUUGUUUUAAGCAAUUUAGUCGAUCAGGUCAUUUAAAAACACAUUUGAGAGUGCACUCUGGAGAAAAACCUCACAAGUGUGAAAUUUGUUUUAAGCAGUUUUCACAAUUAAUUAAUUUGAAAAGACAUUUGAUGACGCACAUGGCAGAAAAACCUUACAUGUGUGAAAUUUGUUUUAAGUGUUUUUUUCGCAAUGAUCAUUUAAACAGACAUUUGAGAGUACACAUGGGAAACAAGUCUUAAAAAAUAAUGUUUCAAGCAGUUUCCUCUUUAAGGGAAGGUAUGGUUUGAAAUAUUUUUUUAUCAUUUCAAAUAAAAGUGCAUACUUUCAAGAAUAUUCUCUGAACAUUUUAGAUUGAUCGGACUAAAAUCACCAGGGAUACAGGCAGCGUGUUGAAUAUCCCUUCGACCUUCGACUCGCUUUGCCUCGGCUUCGCGCCAGCACGCUUGAGCGUAGUGAUAAAUGUUAAACAACUGUUCGCCUUCUCUUUUGUAGACUACUCCGCGAUUCAAAAAAACAUUCUAAUGUGCAUCACGUUACGAUUUGGUAAAUGACAAAUAAGAAGAUGAAGAUGCAGUUGUCAAAACUUUAUACGCAUUUUUCUCAAAUCUGUUUUUUUUUUUCAAAUGCGGUGGUCUUUGUAACUUCAAAACUACUUGACCGAUCUACCUGAUAUUUUGCACAGAUUUUCUUGAGACAUUUAAUGAGGUAACAACGUCGAGAUAUUUUUCGUUUUGUGCUUAUUUUUUGUUCAACAAUAAUAAAUCUGUUGAUUUUCAUAAAUUGUUUACCAAAAAUUUCGUAUUUUUGACUUCUGACUGAUACCAAAAAUCUUUAAAAAUGAAAAAACUCGACGUUGUUACCUCGCGAAACUCAUAAGUUAAUUAAAUCUUUUUGAAUUUUUUGUUUCGUAUGAUCCAGUGCAAGUUCUGAUGUCCACCCCAAAAUCCAUUUUUUUACCUGCCUGUCAAAAUUUGUCACCAAUAGUUUAUUUUUCAAUAUUUUGGAUUGCAUUUUUUUUUAAAUAUUCUUUGAAUUGUACUUAAUAAUAUGUUUAUUUAAUUUAAAAAUAAAAUAAUUGUAUCAUAGCUUCGAAAAAAAUUCACAAAAAUGUGCUUGACAUGUUGAUUGAAAGCCAUACUCCCCUCUUAAUACAAUCGAGGGGGUCAGACGUAAAAGGAUUUAAGUGCAGUUUUGAUAGUUCUGUGAUAAUUAGCUUCAAAGUUGUUUGAGUUAUAUAAAUUCUAGGAGUCGUUAAACUAAAAUAUGUUUAGGGUACAAUGUUCUACAACUAAAAUAUAAGGGUAUAUUAUUUACUCUUACUACAUAUAUCCUUUUUUAAUUAUUAAGUACUUGAAUCGGUACAUGGUAUUGAUAAAUGUUACUGGUAAAACGGUUCAAGUGCAGAUCCGAACAAAUCGGUUAGAGCAACCAUAUUUCUUGGAACACUAACAGUCGAAAUAUUGGUUACAGCGUACAUAUGUGUACCUCGGAGAAAUACAACAUCCAUUUUUUCAAUUAUGACCUUUUUACACACUAUAUAAUAAACAAUUAUAACAAAUGCAUGAUUAAGGGCCAAUUUCUCAUAUCGAGUUCAACUCAACGAACUGUCAACACUGAUGGAAUCGCCAUAAAACGAAGUUAAUGGCGUCAGGAUGAGAUAGAAGAUAAUCAGGUAAAGGAGGGAAGAUAAUCGGACAGUGCUAGUCAGGUACGUUGUAGUUGUAGCAAAUUUUACCUGACAAAUUCUUUGUCUCUCUCAUGUCUCUCUAGAAGUGCUAGAACCUCUCUCUUGUAUGUUGGCGCCUAUCUUGCUUCACUGUUGGAAUGGGACAGGGCCAUUCCAUCAGUGUUGACAGUUCAUUGUUUCAACUCCAGUUUAACCUGAACUUUUAGUGAACGUCAGUUUAAAAUCAAAAUCGUCUUUUUCAAUUCACGUUCAACCGAAUUCGGCCGUUCAAAGAUUCCAGAACCAUACAUCAAAGCAGGUAUGAGAAAUCGACCCUUAAUGACAAUAGAUACACCUAAUAUAAUAUUGUUUCCUCAUCUCAAUAAAUAGCUGUAGCAGUAACACUUUUUGUUGAAAAAAAGUUUAAAAUUGCUUUGCUGUAAAGUUAUGAAAAUGGGCAUUGUAUUGUAUCUCUCCGAGGUACCGAUAUUACCACGAAAUAAAAAGGAAGGUUUUAUUAAUUUAUGGUUAUGAUGGUACAUCCGAGCAGGGUCCACUUGUAAGUCCUUUAGACACUAGACUUCCUAGGCGGGUUCAUUAUCACAAGAUUUUGUUAUAACAUAACGAACUGACUGUUGCUACCAGUGUAAUAUCGUUUAUAGCAACCUGUUCGUUAUAGCAAAUAGCCGCUUACAGAGAACACUGGCUACAACGUACAAAAACCACCAGUCCUCUGAAGUUCGUUAUAAACGGUUUUGACUGUACUUGUUUUUAUAGAAUACUAAAAAUACUUUUGUGGUGAAACGGUUCAAGCGCACUUAAACCUUUACUACCAAUGCAAUAUUUGUUUUCAGUGGACUAAAUGUAAUGGCGAUAGAUGGCGACUGUAGGCCGAAAUAUGUGUGAAUCCGUUUACCACCAAGUUAUUUUUAUUAAUCCAUAAUUAAGGAUGCGAAUUUGUACUACGAGUAAAUUUUUAGAGAAGUGCACUUAACCUUUAACUACCCGCGCAUCAAGUUAUAACAUAACUACACGCGUGGCGUACUUCAUACGCCACAAGAAAAUACACUUAAAACGGCGGAUUUGUUUUUUUUAAAUACCUUUAGUUGUUUGUUAUAAACCUUAUUCGGCAUCAGUGAAUACUUGGAGUUCCUUCUCAGUAAGCCAAUUGGGAUUUAUAACUGGAAUCAUGGAAUAACAGGAUUCCAUGAUAAAUAAAAUUACUAAUAAAAAUUUUUUUGAAAUGUGAUUUUUUACAGGAGAAAAAGUAUUGUUUAUAAAGGAAACUAUAUUUUGCGCCAUAAUGACUAAAAAACAAUUGAAAUAUGUACUUAUAUUACUACUUAUAUUAAUAUAAUCGUGGCGAAAAUUGUCCACCACCGGAAACAACAAAUAGUAAACUGUAAAUUACGAUCUUCCCAGAACACCGAUUAUAACGAAACUAAAACCAAAUUGUAAAGCACAUUCCAGUGAUAGGUUACAGAGAUAAACAAGGUCAAAAAUUAAAUUUUUAAAUAUAUUUGCAGUAGAAUUCUUAUAUCUGGCGUACAAAAUACGCCAGCGCGUGUAGUUAAAGGUUAAACCCUUUUACUUCUAAUCCCCUCAAUUAUUGUCAUGUCAAGUACCAAUCUCUAAUGGAAUAUCAAAGUUCACCCAGAAGAAAUCAGUUACGAUUGUUAAUUUUUUAAUGUCAUUUUGUGAAACAUGUAAUUUAAAAAAAAUUGAGAAUGCAUCCGGUACAUGGUAUUGAUAAAUGUUACUGGCAAAACGGUUCAAGUGGAGAUUUAACUAUUACUAAUCAUUUUUAUCCCAGCUGCUAUCCACAGUCAUUGAUUAAUAACUACCUACACCCUACUGGGUAAGUUUAUAAUCAAUGCCACAGUGUAACUACAACUGGCACGUUGCAUAAUACUUUUCCAUAAUUAGUCUUCAAAAUUGGGUAGAAAUCUAAUAUUUUUUAAUUGAAAUUAAUCCUGUAUUAACAUGAGGUUUUUACAGAAUACUAAACAUAGUUUUGUGAAAAAAUGAUUCAAGCGCACUUAAACCCGUUUACUACUACUUGUUUUUGUAGAAUAUUAAAAAUAAUUUUGUGGUAAAACGGUUCAAGCGCACUUAAACCCGUUUACUACCAAUGCAAUAUUUGUUUUCAGUGGACUAAAUGUAAUGGCGACUGCAGGCCGAAAUAUGCGUGAAUCCGUUUACCACCAAGUUAUAAUACCAUUUAAGGAUGCGAAUCUGUACUUCGAGUAAAUUUUUAGAAAAGUGCACUUAAACCCUUGUACUUCUAACCCCCUCAAUUUUUGUCAUGUCAAGUACCAAUCUCUAAUGGAAUAUCAAAGUUCACCCAGAAGAAAUCGGUUACGAUUGUUAAUUUUUUAAUGUCAUUUUGUGAAACAUGUGAUUUAAAAAAAAAUUGAGAAUGCAUCCUGAAAAAAAAAACUGUUGAGAUGUUCGAGUUGAUAAAAAGACGUUGAUAUUAUUUAGCCAAUGGUUUCCUGAAGAUACAGACUAUUAUAUUUGCUAUUGAGGAAAGAGUGAUAAACAAAAUUCACAACAACUUAAAUAUUCUUUGUCAUACGUUACGAAAAUUAACAACCUCAUCUAUUUUGACAAAUGGAUCUCCCAUCUCUCUCUAGGUAUUGAGAGUCCCCUUGGUAUUUCAGUUUCUGGCUUUCAUCUGGUGACCUUCUUAAUCAGUAGAACGUUUUCCUUCUCUCUAUGUAUCCCAGCCGUCUCAAUCCCCGCGCUUUAAAAAAUUAACUAUAUUUUCUCCCCUCAUCUUGUCUCUUAUUUCAUAGUACAUUCUUUUCAUUUCCCCUUUUUUCUUUCUUAUCGGGUUUAUAAUUCUUCUAAGCAUUUUCAUUUCGAAUAUUUUUAAUCUUUAUAUUUAUCCAAGUGGCACAUUCUUUAAGCUGCAUACGUAACUACUGGUCUGAUUGCAACUCUAUAUUUUCAGUUUUGUAUUUUUCGAUAAAUUCUUCUCCUUCAUUAGCAUUAGUAUGGUAUCACCAGCAAGUUUUGUUGCCUGCUAAUAUUUGCUGUGUUACUUCUCUUAUUUUUGCCAGUUACAAUUAUUAUUAUUCUGUGGAAUUUAAAUGUUAUUUAAAUUGUUCAACUCUUUUCAAAAGUGUAGUUUUCUGUGUUGAUUUCUCUUGUCUUGUUAUCUUCUUUUCUAAAGCAGAUUAGAUAUUUUUAUUUUCCUUCGUUAAUUUCUAAACCUCUUUUCUGCUUAGUCUAACUAGUUCCAACUUAAUAGCCAACGACUUUUGAUAUUUGUUUUAAUAGUUUGUAGAUUAAAUCUUGCAACGUAGUAUGAAGUAAAGACUUCUGUCGUAUAUUAGUAUAUGAAUUUAUUAAAAAUUAUUCUUUAAAAUUUAUCCAAAAGCGGAGUAAUGGAAAAUCACAAAACCUUUUCAGUCUAAACUGACCACCUUCAGUGUGAACGUCCAGAGCCGUGCGGUACAUAUUUUCAAUAUGAUGCAAGUCUUCGAAAUGCCGCCCCUUAAGCCGCGUCCUCACUGGUAAAAAAUUGCGACGCACCAGCUGUUCGUCGCAAAUAUUUGCGUGCUCGAGGUAAAUUGUGCUAAUGUGAACGUGUUCGAAUAAAUCGGACGCAAGAAUUUUCGACGAACUAAUGGAACGAACGCAUAUGCUUCAUCGGUUGAUGGUUGCCGGUGACGAACUAAUGGUUUAUGUGGUAAUAAUUUAAUAAUAACACAAAUGCUACACGUGUAUACACAAUAACACACAUUCAAUGAUCUAAAAUCAUUUAAAAAUAUGGGAUUCUGUACUCUUGUGACGUAAAGUGAAAAAUUGAAGUCUCCCACCCUCGUCGAUCUAGGCAACUGUAGUAUGUCUAAGAACCGUGUUCAAAACCUCUGUUUUCAUGGAGUAGCUUGAAAUAUAUUACUCAAUUCUUUUAGAAGAUCAUUAUAUCAUCAGACUCUUUUCUUUUUGUAUUCAAAUUAUUGAAUAAAAAUUCACACAAUAUUUUUCUAGUCCCUUGUCAUCAUCUAUUUCCCUUAAUUUAAAAAUACAGGGUGUCCCGGAAAAUAGUGCGUUCCUUAAAGGUAUAGGUAGAAGGCACCAUGUAGAACAAAAAACUCUUAUAACAUUUUUUUCUAAAUUCAACCGUUUGACCAAAAAACUAUAAAACAUUUUGGAACGCAAAUUCAAAUCUGGCAACUCUGUGAAGUACAAAAAUCUAAACGUAAAUAGUCCCAUGUUUAGUAAACAGAUAAUUUGGAAGAAUCCUGUUUAGUGUCAACGCCGAAAAUGUUUUUGAAUCGUGUGUUCAUGAGUAAUAUUAUGAUAUUAUGUUGUUUAUUUAUGGCAGAUCAAUAAAUGGAGAGGCAUAAUACCUACUAAAAUUCUUUCAAAAUGUUUUGCUGGAAUUUCUCGUCGUAUGAGUGCAUGAUACUCUAUGAAUUCAUGUGUUCGCAAAAGUGGUGGUUCAUUUUAAAACAUGUGUUUUCAUCUUAAAAUAUGUAAGUAUAAUUCGUUUAAAAUUAUGCCAUAUUUCAACUACAUUUUAAAAAAAUUAUAGUAAACAAAAAUAGUAAGUAUUAGGUUGGAUUAUUUUAAAUACUGUAAGACACAAACGAGUUCUUAUUCACCAGUGCGUAACAUGUUGCCAGAUUAUUUAAUUUUCUGAAGAUUAAAAUUCAGGUAUAUGGAAACCAAUGUAAUCUUUUUUUUGGAAACCGUUAACUUUAGAAAAAAAUGGUAUAGGACUUUUUUGUUCUAAAUUGUGUAUUCUAUCCAUACCUUAAAGGAACGCACUAUUUUCCGGGACACCCUGUAUAUAAAAAUUUAAAAUUUUUAUUAUGAGUUUCUAGAAGCGAAAAUCGAUCAAUCAAAGAAUUAACGGCAAUAUCUAAAAUAUAGGUGAACAAAUUUAUUUUAAAUUUAGCUUGAUCUGUUAUGAGCUCGUCCACAUUUUUCGUAGUCAAAUAAACGAUUUUUUCUCCUGGCUUGAACUUCAUUUUCAGUUGGAAAUUGGGAACUUAUAUGAAAAUUUUCUGCAAUUUCAUUAACUUUUCCUUUGGUCAUUAACCAUAUUGUCUGUAACUUUUCAUUUUUUCUAUAGUUUCUGACAACAUUUUUACACAAUCCGACAAGUUUUUUUUAUUUUACUGAUUAUGGCGCCCCCCUUGUGAUGCCGCCUGAUGCGACUGCCUCGCCGCAUCAUAGCACGGCACGGCCCACGUCCAGGGUUCAUGUAUUUGCAACUAGCUACGAUAGAAGAUGUGAAAACCAUUUAAUUACAUUGUUAACAUCAUCAUCAUCAUCAUCAUCCAACCAAUUUACGUCCACUGCUGGACAUAGGUCUCCCCCAAUUGUUUCCACACUUCACGGUUUUGUGCUGAUUUUUGCCAGUUUUUACUAAUCCGCCUGAUAUCAUCUGUCCAUCGUGUAGGCGGCCUUCCUCUACUUCGUUUAUCUUCUCUUGGUCUCCACUCCAUCAGCCUUCGUGCCCAUCUUGAAUCUUUCAGCCUGGCUACGUGUCCUGCCCAGUUCCAUUUGAGCCUGGUGAUACGUUCUACAACAUCUGCGAUACCGGUUGUUUGUCUGAGAUCUUCAUUUCUUAUUUUAUCCCGUAGAGUUACGCCCAGCAUGGAUCUUUCCAUGCGCCUUUGAGCAACCCGCAUUUUCGACGCUGUUGCCUUGGUUAGAGUCAGUGUCUCUGCUCCAUAUGUCAUUACCGGUAGCACACAUUGGUCAAACACUUGUCUUUUUAAACCGAUCGGUAUACUGCUCCUAAAUAUGUCUCUCAGAGCUCCGUAGGCUGCCCAAGCAAGAGUUAAUCUUCUUUUUAUUUCGCAUGUUUGGUUAUCUCUGCCAAUUAUAAUUUCAUGACCCAAGUAAAUGUACUUUUCCACUAGUUCUACUUCUUGUUCGCGUAUAAUCAGCUGUCCGCUAGGAAUCAGAUUAGUCAUAAAUUUAGUUUUAGAAAAGUUCAUUUUCAGGCCUAUUUUCCAGCAGAUAGCGUCUAACUCAUUUAGCAUUUUCUUUACUUCUCCUAGGUCAUCAGUUAUAAGGACUAUGUCAUCUGCAAAACGAAGAUGAUUUAACUUUUCUCCAUCUAUUUUGAUCCCUUUAUUGUCCCAGUUGAGCAUCUUAAAGGCAUAUUCCAGAACAGUUAUGAAUAGUUUUGGCGAGAGUGUGUCGCCUUGUCUUACGCCGCGUUCUAUGCUUAUUUGUUUGGUUUUAUCAUGUAACUUAACACUCAUUGUUGCCUCUUUAUAAAUAUUAUAGAUGAGUGUACUGUAACGGUAGUCAAUGCGGCAUUCAUUUAGAGCUUCUAAAAUGCUAUCCAGCUCUAUCGUGUCAAAGGCUUUAUGAAAAUCCACGAAUGCUGGGACAAGGGGUUUAUUAUAUUCUAUUGACUUCUCAAUUAGUAACUUGACUGCCUGCAGAUGGUCGUUUGUCCCAAAGUUUGAUCGAAAUCCAGCUUGUUCUUUUGGCUGGUAAAAAUCUAGCUUCUUUUCUACUCUUGAUGUCACUACUUUUGUAAAGAGUUUGUAUAAGUGGUUUAGCAGGCUAAUGGGUCUAUAAUGUUCUAAGUCUGUCUUAUCUCCCUUCUUAUGCAAAAGUAUUGUUACUGCGUUUUUCCAUUUUUCAGGUAUCGACUUUUGAUGAAGGCAUAAGUUGAAGAGAUUUUUUAUUUUACCUAUAAGAAUGUGGCCUCCGUUUUUAAUGGCCUCUAUUACGACUCCAUCUUCACCUGGUGCUUUUCCAUUUUUCAUUUUUCUCAGUGCUUGAUGGAUUUCGCUAGUGGUUAUCUCUGGUAGUAUUUCGGAGCCUUGGUUUAUUAUUUUCUUUGAAACCGCUUCCCUCAGAUUAUUUUGAUUCAGCCUUUGGCUCCUAUAUAGUUCCAAAUAAAAUUCUUCUACGAUAUUUAAUAAAUCUUCUCUGUUUGAUGUUAUUUCGCUGUUUUUAUUUUUUAAUUUAUGUAUUUCGCAUUUUCCGUUGGUCAAUUUCCUUCGUAAAACUUUCAAACUUUUAUUUUCUUCUAUGGUUUUCUGGUUGCUUUGAGUUUUAUACUUCCUUAGAUCUUUUCUGAUUUCCUUUGACACUUUCUUGUUGAUGUCUCUUAACGUA